AUGGCUGCUCGUGCCUCUGCUCUUAUGCUCCUUGGAGCUUCCGCUAUCAUGGCUGGACCCCUCGCUCCUCGCCAGGCCACCGUCACUGUCACUCAUACCAUGGAGGCUGCCCCUGCAUCCACCGCAUGGGACGCUGGUGCCGUUCGCGAGUUCCCUAUUCAUGCUUCUUGCAAUGCCACUCAGCGUAGCAUGAUCAAGAAGGGUCUUGAAGAGACCUUGACCAUCGUCAGCCACGCGCGCGACCACAUCCUUCGCUAUGGUAACUCCUCCGAGGUCUACACGAAAUAUUUCGGCGAGGCACCAACUGGCGAGCCAAUUGGCUGGUUUACCAAGAUUGCCGAUGGCGACAAAUCCGGCAUCCUCUUCCGUUGUGACAACAUUGAUGGCAAUUGCGACCAAGAGGGCUGGGCUGGUCAUUGGCGCGGCUCCAACGCAACCUCGGAGACAGUCAUCUGCGACCUGUCCUAUGAGAUCCGUAGGCCUCUCUCGACCAUGUGCAUGCUCGGAUACGACGUUGCCAACGGUGCGACCAACACCUUCUGGGCUUCUGAUCUCCUCCAUCGUCUUCUCCACCUUCCCCAAGUUGGCGAGGGUGUUGUCGAGCACUACAAUGACGAGGAGGAAGAGAAAUACCCUGGAACCAUCGCCCUCGCUGAGAACAACUCCACCUACGCUGCGAGAAACAGCGACACUCUUCAGUACUUUGCUCUCGAGGCUUAUGCUCAUGACAUCGUUGUUCCUGGUGUUGGGUGCCCUGGCACUUACACUCCCCUCGAGGAAGAGUCUACCGCUGCUGCAACCAGCACCGCUUCCGCUACCACCUCCGCAUCUGCCACUCCAGCGCAGCCCUCUGCUUCAGCUACGUCAUCUGCCGCUGCUGCACCUGCUGAGGCUUGCGAGCCUCACGACGACCACUGGCACUGCCCUCCCGGCGUCCCUGAGCCUACCUCUCCCCCUGCCUAA